UUUUAUUGUAAUAGGCUCCGACGUAAAUAAAGAUUUUUUAAUAGUAGUUGGAUAACUGCCCAGAACGUUUUUAAAAGCACCAUGGUGUACACGUAAAAUCUUUAAAAAGAAGUAAAAAUGGAAAUAAAGUUAAAUUUUCAGCAAAAAAUAUUAAUAAUUUUAGAUGUAUGCAUCUUGGCUGACACUUUUGGAUUCUCAAAAACAUUAAGAAAACAGCGGAGUAGGUUGGACCAUGCUAUUGAGCCGCUUGUGAAACGCACAUAUAGUGAAGGAACCUUUAACCAACGGAGUUUAGACAGUCAACCCAAUAUUUUAGAAGUAAUCGAAUCAUCUCAUUUCAUGAACAGAAAACGAUUCUUUCAGUAUUCACCAUUUAUAAAAAAUCAUGCAACUAUUGCAAGACCAAAAACGAAGAACGAGCAGUCCGCAAGCACAAAAGAUGUGCGUUUAUUACAUGUAUUUUUAAGAGUGUUAAGUUAUUUGACAGGGAUAAAAUCAAAGGCACCGCUGCUGUUAGAGACUGAUGAACGCUCACGUAAAAGUGAACACCUGGAAGAGCGUAAAGCUCAGAAAUCAAACAAACCGCCAGCUUCAGUUUGGAAAUAUACAAAUGAUAUGGAUAUCAAAAACCAAAGUAUGGACGAGAAACAUGAAAGGCCAAGGUACAACCAAAUCGUUGCAAUUCGCGGGGAUCAAAGCAAUACUAAAGAACCGCAGUAUCGUUACACAAAACCUUUGAUUUUAGGAAAUGAGAAUAGUGCAAUCGCGUCUUAUCCAGGGAAUUCAGUUUCAAAAGAGAUACGUAACGACAAGUAUUUAGCUCAUAGAAAGACAAACUCUAUUCUAGAUAAACUAUCUAUGCCUAAACAGUCCGUAAACAAAAAAGAACUUAUUACGAAUUAUAAUAUUGAUUACAAAACACUUGAUGACUUACCCAAAAUACAAAAAACAAAUUAUUUUCCCAGUACAAAUAUAGGAACAUUAGAGAGUGGUGAUGAAAACAUUGGUGACAGUCCAGUUCAUUUUGUCGAACCAUCCAAUACACAAGCAGACCAACUGUUGACGGAUGCACGUUUAUCUGAUGGACUAAUUGAGUACGGUGACACAGAUUACUGGGAAGCAAUUGGUAGUUCAUAUGGAGACUAUGGAGAUUACCAAAACCUCGAUGCAAACAGUGAAUUUGGUAGUUUCGGAGCAAAUCAGGACCAUAAGCCAUAUUUUGGACACAGCCCCGAAAGUUCUUCAUACGGCGAUUCUUUCGGAUUCUUCGGCAAGUUUAAAACUGACAAUGACCGGUGUGAGGAAAAAGUCGGUAGUCCUUGCAAGACAGACGACGAUUGUUAUUGCAGUGGGCGCCCUAAUAUGUUCGUCUGCUUACGGUCAGAGUGCGUCUUGACCUCAAAUGUCCAGGCAGACGACAUCUAUGAAGAUCAAAAAUGGCAUGACGAACCCGUUGACUUCCUUUAGAGACACAACUCGAGGACAUGAGUGGUACGGAUGUAUGAUUAAAGACGCUGACUGAAAGGAAACACCGCUAGCGAUCUCAAGCGGUUGCGAUGGACACAAAUAAUGGUUUUAGAGACUAGAUUAAAAGAGACUAGAUAUUGAAUAGUCAAACAAUUGUGUUUGUUUACUUUGCAUGUUGUUUCUUCAUCCAAUUACUUUGUAAAGUUCCAUUUCAUUGUUGUUACGUUAAUUUGAACUGCCUGUAUAGUAAGACAAGGUACAAUAUGAUCAUGUUGGUCGACGUUAAUAUAUGCCAUCGUCAUUUACAACGCUAUUUAUUCUGUGUGUUCUGUAUACCGUUAGAAUUCCUUAUAUAAUAAUCACCACACAUUAUCAAAGUGUAAUGGGGCAAAAUGUAUC